AUGAUUGUGUAUAUUUCUCUCUCUCGCCAUGGGUUGGUGGAGAUUUGUGACGGACUUCGAACUUCUAUAAAGUAUUGGAAGGAAGAUAUCUUCUUCGUUCAUGCCUCCACUUUUCCUGGACCUAUGGUGUAUGGUGCUUCUACUAAUAGGGUUGUCGGUCCCUCGCCUGAAUUGACCCUCGAAGAGCAAAGUGUCGUAGAUCGUCUGUCAGAGAACUUUGUUAAGUGCACGGAUACUAAGGAAAUAAUGUUGGGCAUGGCAGAGAUAAGUCCUCAUUGGAAUAAAUGA